CAUACACAAAUACAUAAAAACAUACCUCUAUCAAUACUCUUUAUUUUUUAAACCAACACACAACAAUGAGCAAAGAACCUAUUGUCAAGCGAAUCUUGGCUCUCUUCAAGAAGACUCAUGAAAAGAGUGAUGAGCCACCAUACCCAGCUGCGCUUGAGCGUUCUUAUAAGAUCACUAACAAGAUUCUCGGUGUUGGGUCAUUUGCUGUUGUCAAGGAAUGUAUAGCACAUGACACACAAAAGGCAUACGCUCUUAAAAUUAUCCUCAAAAAGGUUAUUGCAGGAAAGGAGCAUAUGCUGGACAGCGAAUUAGAUAUCCUCAAGCAAGUACGACAUCCCCAUGUUGUAUCCAUGCAUGAUUUGUACGAGACAAAAGAUGCUGUUUACAUUGUCACUGAUCUUGCUAGCGGAGGAGAAUUAUUUACUCAGCUGCUGGACAGAGGAAGCUAUACUGAGAAGGACGCAUCCAACCUCAUCAAGCAGGUACUCGAAGGUCUCUCAUAUCUCCACAGCCAAGAUAUUGUUCAUCGCGAUAUUAAACCCGAGAACCUUUUAUUCAAAAGCUCAAAGAAGGAUUCAAACCUUCUGAUUACCGACUUUGGGUUAUCAAAAAUCCUCAAGACGCACGAUGAUGUUCUCAUGACAGCAUGCGGUACACCCGGAUAUGUUGCUCCUGAAGUAUUGCUGCAGAUUGGCCACGGAAAACCCGUUGAUUUAUGGAGUGUUGGCGUAAUCACCUUUACUUUGUUGAGUGGAUACACACCAUUCUGGGGAGAAGACCAGGCUGCCUUAUUUGAAUCUAUUAUGGCUGGUAGAUACGAAUUCGAUGAAGAAUACUGGGGUGCUAUUUCUGAAUCUGCCAAGGACUUUGUUGAUGGCCUUCUUACCUUUAAGCCUGAAAAACGUCUCACAGCAGAUGAGGCCUUGGAUCAUCCAUGGAUAUCCGACAAUCUUACACACAAUAAUUGUGAUGAACAUGAUAUUGCACCAACUGUCCGCAAGGGUCUUAAUAGCCACAGAUCAUUUAAGUCUAUUGCACAGGCUAUAACAAUUGCACAGCGACUUAGAACUCUCAGUCUUAGUGAUGUAGAAGAUGAGUCCGAUGAAGAAGACGUAGAAGAAGGGUUAAAAGUGGGAGCCUAUAAGUAAAGCAUUAAACUUUUCAGGCUGCUCAACUUUGUAUCCACGUAUGUUAGUUUUUUAGAAGAACAUUUUAUAUUUGUACUCCAUGAUAUUUCAUUUGGCAUCAUUACUUGAUUUAUAAAGUAGAUAUAUAUCUGCAUAAUACUAUUUGGAUCAAUAUUAUAUAUCUUGUUACGCUUUAAUAUUAAUAAUAUACAUCAGGUAUUUUAGAGCUAUUAAAAAUAUAAAAAUAAAGGAAACUGCACACAUUAAAGUAUUUUU